CCUCAAUGAAAUGAAGGCGGUUUUCUGGCAGCUCCUGUCGUCGGCUCAGCCGCUCUGAUGUUCGGACUCUGAUAACAUGAAGGUGCAGGAGUGAAGGGAGAGCCCGGGGGUAGGGCGUGUGUAUGAGGGCCGGCUCAGCGGUGGUUGGUGUGAGUGAGCCCGGCGCCGGGGAGCCGAGCCCAGGCCAGGCGCGGUUUUACCAUGACAGCGUUAGCCGCCGCCUCCUUCUUCUCCAACAUUUGCAAUUUCGGUGGAUGCGGCCUCACCUUUAACACCCUGGCUGAACUUAUCGAGCACAUCGAGGACACCCACAUAGAAAACGAUCCCAAGGUUUUGGAACGGCAAGAACAGCAGCAGCCAUCAUAUAUCGCACUAAGUUAUAUCAACAGGUUUCUAACUGAUGCUGCCCGCCGUGAACGCGAGCAGAUGAGAAAAAGACAUCAGGCUAAGUUAACCCCAGCCCUUUCCAGUCCUGUGGGAAGAGGGGGCACACCCGCAUCACCUCACCCUGCCAAUGGGAGUUCAGCUUUUCCAGGGACGCCGCCAGUCACACCGUCCUCUUCUGCCUGCAGUGGAACACCAACAGGCAGUGAAUUAGAUGAAGAAGAAAUUGAAUGUGAAGAUUCCGACAGUGAUGAAUCAUGGACAACAGAAAGUGCUAUUAGCUCUGAGACUAUUCUAAGUUCAAUGUGCUUGAAUGGGGAUGAUGAGAAGCCAUUUGCUUGCCCCGUACCUGGCUGUAAAAAGAGGUACAAGAAUGUCAAUGGAAUCAAGUACCAUGCCAAGAAUGGCCAUCGUACUCAAACCCGUGUUCGGAAGCCUUUCAAGUGUCGCUGUGGGAAAAGCUACAAGACCGCCCAUGGGCUUCGUCACCACACCAUUACCUUUCACCCACCAGUGUCAGUUGAUAUGCUUAGAAAGAUGCAGUUGUGAGGCAUUAUACCCUUCUGGCAGAUCUGCUAAUUGCAGACUCGGUAUUCUAACAGGAGUGAGUAAAGAGAAUUAACAUUUUUCUCAAGAUUCACUUAUACAGGUCUUGGGGGAAAA